AGGCAAACAGCAGAGAGGCUCGUGAAUGUUAUGCGAAUCAUCAUCACUCGGGGAAAAGGAAGGAACCGCAUCAUCGUCGAAGCGUCUUCUUCGUCCAACGAUUUACACGAACCCGCUCCUAAGGAACCCAAGAAGAAGAGGACAAAUUCACUGUCUCUCUUCAUUCCAUUGGUUCCCUAAUCGGGAAUCGUACUAUUUGGAGUUCACCAAAUCGGAAUCUCAAAUUCCGAGCAAGAUCCGACAGUAACCCCCGCGUCAAAUUUAUCAGCCGGAAACUCUGAAACGGGAAGAGAUACCUGAUGUCGUACGCUUAUCUCUUCAAGUACAUUAUCAUUGGGGACACAGUUUUGAUGGGACAUUUUCGCUAUUGGCAGAUAGUACUACUAGAAGAGUUGGGAAAUCAUGUCUCCUACUGCAAUUCACUGAUAAGAGGUUUCAGCCAGUUCACGACUUGACGAUUGGUGUCGAAUUCGGAGCUAGAAUGAUCAAUAUCGAUAACAAACAGAUCAAGCUGCAAAUAUGGGACACGGCUGGUCAAGAGUCAUUCAGAUCCAUUACAAGGUCUUACUACAGAGGAGCUGCUGGAGCACUUCUAGUUUAUGACAUUACCAGGAGGGAAACAUUCAAUCACUUGGCCAGCUGGUUGGAGGACGCGCGACAGCAUGCAAACUCUAACAUGACAAUCAUGCUCAUUGGCAACAAGUGUGACCUCGCGCAUAGAAGAGCUGUGAGUGCUGAAGAAGGGGAACAAUUCGCCAGAGAGAACGGUCUGGUGUUCAUGGAGGCUUCUGCCAAAACCGCCCAGAACGUUGAGGAGGCAUUCAUAAACACCGCCGGUAAGAUCUACAAGAAGAUUGAGGAUGGUGUUCUUGACAUAUCAAAUGAGUCCUAUGGGAUCAAGCUUGGCUAUGGAGGACAGUCUGGACCAUCCACUGGAAGUGGCUCAGCUACUCAAGGAGCACCCUGUUGCGGCUAAAUAUAGGAGCUUAAAGCAUCUCUGGAUCCUUUUCGCUCUUUGUAGGCUCUCUAGUAAUGUUGUUUUGUUAUUCCACAUGGAUCUUGCUGUAAGCUUAGAAUUGGGCAUUUCAAAGCCUUAUACAAGUCAAAUAGAUGAAUAAAUGAAACCAUUGUGAAUUAGAAACUAUCUUCUUCAGAGAGCGAUUGCAAACGAUUAGGUUUAACAGA